AUCAAGGCCCUGCAGAAGCAUUAUGUAACCUCUGAUGCACUAGUAACCAGUGAUGAUGGGGAUGCCAACACCCUCUGCUGUGCUCUAGAGGCUGUAUUUGUGCAUGGAUUGAAGGCUAAGCACAUCAAACCAGAGUCUGGAGCAAAAGGGAGAAGACUUGGGGGGCGUCUACCCCUUCCCCAGCCAGUUUUCUGGGCCCUGCUAAAAUCUAUCACCCACAGAACAACAACAACAAACUUCAUCAAGUGCUCCACUGAGACCCCAAGCAUUUUUCAAGAGGUCUGUGAAAAAAUGGGUUGAAAAUAUCUGGACUAAACUAACAUCACAGCUGGUAGCUGUCACAGGGAGUCUCCACAUGUUUUUCUUCUAUGAUGUUCUUGAUAGGGAAGGGAGUUCUCCUCGUGACCUCUUCCUUUCUGGCCUCUACCCAAUCUCGUCACAUUUCUGGAGUACCAUAUCCUGCUAUAGUUCUAGCAGCUUCACUGCCACUGGGGGUCUUCGUUGUGAGAACGGCUGUGGACACUUCACUCAGGACCUUGCAACAAUGAACCUGAAAGCCCUCCUCAUUCUUCUGGUGCUUGCUCUGGCUACUAUUUUUGCCUUAGUGUGUGUGUUGCUGACUCGGAAGGAGACGCUUCCCCACUGCAGUGCCAAGUCACAGGCUUCCCUGAAUGGAAGGCACAGCAACAAGAGUCUGGUAUUUGCUGACCUGUCAGCAGAAGAGAUGGACGUGGUGGUCAAGUACUUACAGAACCACCUGGGAUUGCCCUUGGUAGAUGCUUAUCAUGCCAACCCUGCUGAUAACUGCAUUUACUACUUGGAUGUGGAACUUCCUCACAAAGAAGAGGUGCUGAAGUUCCUUGAUCAUGGUGGGCCACACCCCACCCGACAAGCACUGGCCGUGAUGUACUUUGGAAACCAGCCAGAUCCAAAUAUCACGGAGUACAUCGUGGGCCCACUCCCAACUCCAACAUACCAUCGGGAUGUGACCAUGCAGAAGUAUGGAAGAAAGUUAUCCUACCAUAGUAGAUCUGUAAUAGGCAAUGAAUAUGAAGAAAUUGGGAAAUUCCUGCUGAACAAGAAGCUUCCUGAGGCACCCAAUUUCCUAAAGGAGGCAUUUGGGCAUAAUGGGAGCGACUUUCAAAGCCUCACAUCAGCCCCUCGGGGGUUCCAGUCUGGAGAUCGAGUCACUUGGUUUACGUUGUUCCAGAAUACAAAGGGCUUCUUCCUGCACCCGGUGGGACUGGAGCUCUUGGUAGACCACAGUAGUCUGGAUAUCUCUCAGUGGAGUGUACCAAAGGUAUUCUAUAAUGGUCAGUAUUAUAAUGGCUUGGCAAAGCUGGAAAGAGAGUAUCUAGGGGGGCGUGUGCCUCUGGCAAAAGUCAAGACAGCCUCACCAGAUGGGGGUUUUUCCUCAAUGGAGCCAAAGUUCCCCCAUCAGGAAUCAGGCCCUUUGUCCCAUGAGCCUUGUGGGCCACGCUACAGUGUGAGAAACAACCAGGUUGUCUCCUCCUCCUGGAGUUUUGCCUUCAGGAUCGAUGUGAACAGGGGACCACGAAUCUAUGAUAUCACAUUCAAGGGCCAAAGGAUUGUCUAUGAACUCAGUGUGCAGGAUGCCAUGUCUGUUUAUGGAUCCAACAGCCCUGGUGGGAUGUCAACCCGAUACAUGGAUGGGAGUUUUGGAAUAGGAAGGUUCAUGUAUUCACUGGUCCGGGGGGUCGACUGUCCAUACUCUGCUACUUUUCUCGAUGCCCUGUACUUAAUGGAGACCUUGAAACCAGAGGUGCAGAAGAACUCAAUCUGUGUUUUUGAGCAGAAUGUAGAGGUCCCUUUUCGGCGGCAUUACUCCAACCUUCAAUCCCUCCACUAUGGGGGACUGCCUGCUACUGCACUGGUUCUGCGUUCUGUGGCAACUUUGGGCAACUAUGACUAUAUCUGGGACUUUGUUUUUCAUCCAAAUGGUGCCAUUGAAAGCAAAGUCCGAGCCACUGGAUACAUAACCUCAUCUUUCUUCUAUGGUGAUGGGCUAAACUAUGGCAAUAGAGUUGCAGAUCACACCCUUGGGACGAUUCAUACCCACUUCAUCAACUACAAAGUGGACUUGGAUGUUGCAGGUGUGAAGAAUUCUGUGCUAGCCAAUGACAUGACCUUUGAGACACUGAAGGUCCCUUGGAGCCCAGAGCAUGAGAUUCGCCGGAUGAAAAUUGUGAAAAAGAUCUUGGAUACUGAGGACAAGGCCACCUUUCGCCAUCAUGAUGAUAUGCCCAGAUACAUAUAUUUUGCAGCCCAAAAUAAAAACAAGUGGGGCCAUGAACGUGGCUAUCGGAUCCAGCCAAUCAGCUUUUCUGGGGAUCAUCUACCAGAGAUUGAUCCAAUGGAGCGAGCCAUCAGCUGGGGCAGGUACAAGUUGGCCGUCACCAAGAGGAAAGAAGAGGAGCCCUUCAGCACCAGCAUCUAUAACCAGAACGACCCAUGGACACCUUCAGUUGCCUUUGCUGACUUCAUAGACAAUGAGACCAUUGUCAAUGAGGACCUGGUUGCCUGGAUCACCACUGGCUUCCUGCACAUUCCACAUGCUGAGGACAUCCCCAACACUGUGACACUUGGAAAUGCGGUUGGCUUCCUUUUGAGACCAUACAACUAUUUUGAUGAAGAUCCCUCCGUCUAUUCUCCUGACAGUGUUUUCUUCACCAGCGAGCAGGACCCCACUUCCUGUGAUGUCAACCACCUUGCAUGCCUGCCCCAAACUGCUGCAUGCUUGCCUAACCUUCCAUCAUUCACAUACAAGGGUUUCCAAAAUCUAACAAGGCUCUGAUACUUCUGAACUGUGGGGUGUUUUGAGGGUGUGGUGGAGCUCAGCAUCAAACGGGCAUAUAACAAAGACAGUUAGUCCUGACCUCUUUCUAUUGAGUGGCUGAUAUCCAGGCUAACAUUUUGUACACCAAAAAGCAUUCUGUGUGUGCAAUGUAGGUGGGGCCAUUUUUGCUGAUCUCUUCUUCCUUCUGCAGUUCCUUGUGCCUCCAGCAAAUAUGACCCUGAAGGUCCCACAAUCCUCAGGGACAUACUUUCAGAAGGCACACAGUGGGCUGCAGAGGGAAAAGGAGACUGACAAAAACCUCCGGUCCCCUGUUGUACUCGGGGAGUGUUUUUCAGUGCACACAACUUUAGUCUGCAUGUUGUUCACUGCCUUUAACCCCCAUUUUAAACUGUGCAUGCCUGCAUUGUACGUAUUUGUAGACUGUUUUGCAAUCAUAUUUUUCUGGGCUCAGAUAUACCUCAGCUGCAGUUUGCCUUCCCCACCAAUUUGCUUCUCCUAAACCCUCUUAAGCCUCUCUUCCCUUCUGGAGAUCUUAUGUGUAUAUCUAUGCUAUGGAUAAAUUGGCUUAACCAUCAUUCCCCCUAUCAAGGGAAUCUUGUGGACUAUAUAUAAUUCAGUGAGGUGGGAAAGGGACCUCAAACAAGGAAUUCCUAGCAUCCUCACCAAAACAUAAUUCACAAAUUCAAUGGGGAAAGCUACAGCUAGUGUAAACCCAAUAUAAGUUUGUAGAGAAGAUACAUGACCCAAGAUUGCUAAUGAUCGAAGAUUACUCAAGAAUCAAAGGAUGGCGACAGAUAUACCCAGUGUGUUCAUCUUUAGUGGGAGUGUAGCUGCCUUCCAGGCUUGCAGUUUGCAUGACACUUCAAUAUUUUUUCACGCACAGUUCUGAUAAAACCUAUUUUGUCAAGUUGAGCAACCUGGUCAGGAACUAGAUUUGUUCUGCCUUGGUUGGGGGUCCCACUUAAAAACAUUUUGGAGGGCAACGUAUACAUUUAUAAAAACAUUUAUUUAAAAACAUGGAUCUGUCAGGGCAGGAUGGGGAAAGUGUCCUAUGACAACCCUAGCCAACUGGCACUAUCCACAGUCAGCCUUUGCUUACAAAACCUUUUUUUUAAACCCGAAUCUAGAGUUUUAGCAUGACCCUAGGGAGAGAAAAGAAUGUCUGUACUUGAAUGUGGUCGGAGCACUUCCCAACUUAUACAAAUGUGCUCUCUGUCUUCUCUUAAAGAAGGAUGGCUGUAGCUCAGGAUCAAAGGCUGAAAUCCAAAGCAAUGAACUGUUGGCAGAGCGAUUUGAGCUAGCACAAGAGUUAGCUUAAUUAUAGUCAAAAAUGGGGAUUUGCAGAAUUGUGCUCUUGCGCUCCAACAAAUGAGGGUUGUUCUCAACAGUUGCUCAACCGUUAAUGCAGCCACAAGCAUGGUUGUGGUAGCCCAACACUAGUCUGGAGUUCAAGUUCUAAACUUAGCACUACUAGCUAGCACAACAAUUUUGCACUAGCACAGCAUCCUUCUGCAAGCAGUUCAUUGCUCUUGAGGUCAGCCAAUGUCCAAUUGCAGGGAGCCAGAGUUGCGCAUAAAUGGAGAAAUAGUUAAUGUAGAGCAAAGCAGCUUCAUCUGUUUAAGAAAACAGCAAAAAACCCACCCCAACAACCAGGAAGUAUCUAAUGCAAAAGCAAUGAGAAAGACCAAGUCUGAAGAUGCUGGAAAUUGUAGACAAUCUUUUUUAUUGGCAUGUGUUGUCAAUAGCAGGUGUGUUUGUUCAUGUUAUUCCUUCAUCUGAUUAAGCCCACCAAUGACACGUCUUGAUGCCAACAUUUAGGAUGCAGUUACAAGGUCAGGAGCCGGAUAGAGUUUCCAUUCUUGAUGGACUUUGUGAACUAGGGAAAUGUUAUGUGUUUGUAUUUCUCUUUUCAAUUUAAGCUUCCUUCCCCCCUCCUCUUUAUUUUGACUUAUUGAGCAGAUUAACAAAUAAAGGAGCAAAGAACCCAUA